CCACAAGAAAAUGUUUGUAAGGUGGAGGAGGACGGGGUUUUCAGUGACCAGCACCUGGAAAACCUGGAGAGGAGCUGCAGCCCGGACCAGGAGGAACCAGGGCAUCCACAGACUACAGAACUGGAGGAAGACUCCAGCGGUCAGGAGAUGAAGCACGAGGACGUAGAGGUGGAUGUCUCAUUGGUCAAUGUCGCUGAUGUGAAAGUUGAAAAUGGUGAACCAGGACCAAACUGUGGCCAGCUGCUGUUGCACACUUCUCCUGAAGCUCAAAACAAAGAUGAGGAAGGGACUGAAAGUUUACGCUCAGACUCCAGUAAAACUGCAGAUCCGGAGCCAAUGAGACGACACAGUGACCACGAAGAUGCUGCUGUCCCGUCAGACAGCAACUGUAAAUCAAAGCUGACCAGGACCCACACAGGGAAGAAGGUAUUUUCUUGCAGCACUUGCAGGAAAGAGUUCAGUAAAAGUUGUAAUUUAAUGGAUCACGUGAAGAUCCACACCGGCGAAAGGCCGUACCUGUGCAACACGUGCGACAAAACCUUUACUAGAUUACCAGAUCUUAAACGGCACAUAUACACGCACACGGGCGAGAAGCCCUACAUCUGCAAAACAUGUGGUAAAAGUUACACAGAACGUUCCAACCUGGUGAUUCACUCGAGGACCCACACCGGCGAAAGGCCGUACCUGUGCAACACCUGUGGAAAAACCUUUACUCAAUCAUCAAAUCUUAAACGGCACGUAACCACGCACACGGGCGAGAAGCCAUAUUUGUGCAAAACGUGUAACAAAGGUUUUAGCCGCAGAAUUGAUUUGCUGAGUCACAUGAAAAAUCACCCGGAGGAGAAGUCUGGUGACUCGUGACAAAUGAAGCUCAUGUUGUCGUCCUCCGGGGGCAGCUGUCCACUCCUGUCUGACCCACAGAAGAAGAACCCGUAGAAGUCCAACCACCACCUCCUGUGGCUGAUGAGCCUAAUCCCCUCCCCACAAGGGUUGCAGGUUCAACCCGGAUUUAUGCUUCUCCGUCAACUUGACGCAGAGGGAACGAUGUGGUUGUUUUUUUAAAGUUCUGCAUUGAGUUUGUUUGAAUCCCUGUUCCUUCUUAAAAUCGUAUUAUUUGUUGCUGUUGGUAACUUGCCGUCUCCACGGUGCAAAUAAA